GGCAUAAAUUUGACUUGCAAGCGCGCGAAAGGAAAUGCACACGAAUUCCAUUGCUCUCACGAGUCGCAUUAUAGAGUGUGACUUCCUGUUCUCUCGUGGUUUGCUGCUGGCCUUUUAAUAUUGAUUUUGCCAAUGAAACUCUCCGUCUCCCGCUAUGUGACACUUAUAACAGUGCAGAGCCUGCUGCUUGUCUUGGACCUCUGCAUUAAUGCCUUUUCUGAUUUGGCUCUGCAGGACACCAUCGUCGCCCUGGUUGUUUACAUCCUUCAAGAUAUGAGUCUGGUGUUUGCGAUUAUUCUUAUUUUCCUCAGCUUCUUCUCAACCUUUCUAUUUCAGGCUGGACUUUUGUCAGACGUUGUGAAAGAGUUUGGUUCCACAAUUUUCAUAUCUACACUGUACCUGAUCCUGAGCGUUGCCCUUCAUUGGGUGACCCUUCAAGAGUCCACCAGCAAGGACAAUUGGUCGGAGGAAGAGCCCCUUGCCAGGAGUUUGGCGACUGAGGAGCAACGCUGGCCGGCAGGGAGACUGCCGCUUUAUGCUACUCAGAGAUUUUGCUCACUCAUAUAUUACUACACGUACAAGUGGACAAUGCUGAGGAUCGCUGAUUCGAAAUAUUACGACGACAAAGUAUGGAUCAAAAGAUCCAACGCAGUUGGAGACUCAGCCUCAACUAUAAUUGAAAACGGAUAUAAUAAGGAGGUUAUUGAAUUAAAAUAAAUAGAAUUUGAAGUAUGUCUCAACAAUAUCACAGCCACUAUAUUAUAGAGGAGAAGCCAAAUUUCUUACUUUAAUGGAUAUACUUGGUAAAAAAUAUUCAGUUAUUAAAUCUUCUUCAGAUCGAUUCAAAUCUUUAAUGAGUGUGUUUUUAACACACUUCGCCAUAUACUUUACUCCAUAUUAUAGCCAUGUAUUUUGAUAUUUUUAUGUGUAUAGUCAUAUAUUUGGAA